GACUCGCAUGUUUUGGUGGCCACAGCACAACCUAACAUGCUUUCCAGACUUCACGAGGCCAAUGUUUUUCUGGAAGAAAUCCAGAAAGGACUAAAUGAUUAUCUAGAGAAGAAAAGACUGUAUUUCCCAAGGUUUUUCUUUUUGUCAAAUGAUGAGCUGUUGGAGAUACUUUCUGAAACCAAAGAUCCUCGAAGAGUUCAGCCUCAUCUAAAAAAAUGUUUUGAAGGAAUCAGUUCCUUGGAAUUCACGGAAGACUUGAAGAUUAUAGGAAUGGUCUCCGGAGAGAAUGAAGUAGUUCCGCUCUGCGAAGAUAUAUGUACAGCAGAAGCUAAAGGAAUGGUAGAGAAGUGGCUGGUGGAGGUAGAAAGUGUAAUGAUGAGAAGUCUGCAACAAGAAACUUUAAAGGCAUUAGCAGCUUAUACGCAAGUUCCUAGGAUACACUGGGUUCUCGAGUGGCCUGGUCAAGUUGUGUUGUGUGGCAGCACAGUGUACUGGACUUCAGAAGUAUCCAGAGCACUGGCAGAGAAUAAAAUCAAGCCAGCUAAGGAAGUUUUUAAGAAUUACCUAAAGGUGAGCAACAAGCAGAUUGAUGAGAUUGUUGGACUAGUUCGUGGAAAAUUAGAUCCAGGAAAAAGAAUUACUCUUGGGGCGUUGAUUGUUCUAGAUGUUCACGCACGAGAUGUGGUCAAUGACCUUAUAAAGAAGAACAUAGACAGCCCUCACGACUUUAGCUGGUUAAGUCAACUGCGCUACUACUGGGAGAAUGGGAGUGUGGUUGUCAGAAUGAUAACCACUGAUAUUCAGUAUGGGUUUGAGUACUUGGGAAAUUCUCCGAGGCUUGUUAUUACCCCACUGACUGACAGAUGCUAUAGAACUUUAAUGGGGGCUCUGAAGCUGAACCUUGGUGGUGCUCCAGAGGGGCCGGCUGGUACAGGGAAGACAGAAACAUGCAAAGAUCUUGCUAAAGCAGUUGCUAAGCAGUGUGUUGUAUUCAACUGUUCUGAUGGCUUGGACUACAAGGCUAUGGGGAAGUUCUUUAAGGGUCUUGCUCAAUCUGGAGCCUGGGCCUGUUUUGAUGAGUUCAAUCGGAUUGAAUUGGAAGUAUUAUCUGUUGUAGCCCAGCAGAUUCACAGUAUCCAGCAUGCCAUAUCACAGAACUUGAAAUUCUUUAUGUUUGAGGGCACAAACAUAUCUCUGAAUCCUACGUGCACCAUGUUCAUUACAAUGAACCCUGGAUAUGCUGGACGUCAAGAACUUCCAGAUAACCUGAAG